AUGCGGGUGCUAAGAAACCAAAAGUCACAGACUAGCAACUUGACACGGGGGGAACAAAUGGCUUAUCGUAAUCUACGCAAUGAUCGUUCAGUUGUAAUCACCAACCAAGCUGUGAUCAUGGAUCGAACGGACUACGAGAAAAAGGCACUGGAACAUCUGUUGACCGGACCGCAUGAAAAACUACCGGAACAGAAACGCAGAGCGAUCUUGAACAAAACACAAGCACUUAAAGUUAAAAUACUUCAGGAGCUCAAACCAAAGUUAGGUAAGAGAUCAAACACAGUGUUUGAGCCUAUGGAACAGUACGCGAUUCAAGACGAUCGGAGCUUGCCCAAGAAGAAUUUGGCCUACAAAGGUCUGGACCGCCGUAUUCGGAAGAGUACUGGAAAAAUUUAA